UCCAAUAGGAUGGCAAAGGUUCGCUCUCGACCAAUGAGAAGCUAGAAGCGCUGCUGCAUCCCGCGGCCCAGGGCAAGAUGGCGGCGGCGGUAGUGUUGGCCGCCGGGCUGCGCGUGGCGCGUCGUGCAGUGACGGCCUCGCGGCCUUGGGCGGCGCAGGUCCGGAGAGCUGCAGGUGUGACUGAUGGGAAUGAAGUGGCCAAAGCCCAGAAGGCAGCUCCUGGGGGUGCAACCCCAACCAUCUUCUCCAAAAUCCUGGAUCGAAGUCUCCCAGCUGACAUUCUGUAUGAGGACCAGCAGUGCCUUGUAUUUCGUGACGUGGCUCCCCAGGCUCCUGUACACUUUCUGGUCAUUCCUAAGAAGCCCAUUCCUCGGAUUAGCCAGGCCGAAGAAGAAGACCAGCAGCUUCUAGGACACCUGCUCCUUGUGGCCAAGAAGACAGCAAAGACUCAGGGGCUAGGCGAUGGCUACCGGCUUGGUGAUGAUCAACGAUGGGAAGCUGGGAGCACAGUCUGUGUAUCACCUACACAUUCAUGUACUUGGGGGCCGACAGCUCCAAUGGCCUCCAGGUUGAAGCUAUCAACUGACCAAGGACCCCAGACCUAGAUAUCUGGAGAGGAUGAGGGGAAAGGGAGUCUGAUACUAAUAAACAUGUUGUUCCUCAA